GGACUCGCCCCAUAUGGGCGGGGCCUCUCCCCACCCACCCCAUCCCUUAUCGCGGGACGGGUCCCGACGGGGAAACGAAACCGAACCGGUGCUGGGGGAGGGCAGCACCCCGGCAACGGCAGCCCCGGCUCCCUCAGCUCCCCGGUACCGACACUGCCGAUCCUCGCUCCCCGGCAGUCCCUGCUCCCGGCACCCCCUGCUCCGGGACUCUGAUUCCGGCACUCCCCUCUCCGGGGCUCCCCGGCCCCCAACCAUGAUUCUCCGGAUGCUCCUGGAGUGGCUCGUGGCCACGGCUACUGUCACCCCGGUGCCUGAAGUUUCUCCCAACCUUCCAGAGCUGCUCCUGCAGCCCCCACUGGUGACCCCCUAUCCUGCCCCAGCCCCUCCAGGGGAUAUGAGGGGCCUUGUCCUGCCAGAGCCCAGCCCCCCUGCGGGCAUGGCCUCCCCCAGCCCCCCAGGUACACCCGAGGAGCCAGUCACUACAGCCAACAGCAGCACCCCAGAGCCCCCCGGCAGCCCCAGCCCACCGUGCCCUGGAGAUGAGGAGCCAGAAGCAGCCUGCGGGGAGCCCUCGGGGGAGCAGCAGGCAGCUGUGGCCGAAGCCGUGGGCACCUUCACCCUCCGCUUCUACCAGCACAUGGCAGCAGCUGCACAGCCUGGCACCAAUCUGCUCUUCUCCCCGAUCAACGUGGCCAUGGGGCUGGCGCACCUGCUGUUGGGUGCCCGUGGUGAGACCCGUGACCGCCUGGCCACUGUCCUGGGGCUGCCCCCAGAGCUAGGCUGCCUGCACAGUGCCCUCCGGCAGCUCGCCACCGCACCCGGGCUCUUCUCAGCCACCCAGAUCUUCCACCAGCCAGGGCUGCGCCUCCGGCCCCGCUUCCUCAACCAGUCCUGGCACUUGUAUGGCGCCCGGCCCAGCGCCCUGAGCGGCAACGAGACCCUGGACCUGCUGCAGGUCAACCAGUGGGUGUGGGAGGCCAGUGGGGGGUUGCUGCCCGAACUGCUGCCUGCCAUGCCCCCCCAGGCACAGCUGCUGCUGCUCAGUGCCGUGCAUCUCCGUGCUGCCUGGCAUGUGCCGCUGGACCCGGAGCAGACAGUGCCUCUGCCCUUCCUGCGCCCCGGCCGCCCCCCACUCCUGGUGCCCACCAUGACCAGCAAGAAAUACCCAGUGGGGUCCUUCACCGACCGCCACCUGCAGGCACAGGUGGGGCGGCUGGAGCUGAGUGAUGGGCUGAGCCUGGUGGUGCUGGUGCCAUGGGGACCCCUGGGGUCACUGGGGGCCCUGGAGCGGGCGCUGGACCCCCCAACCUUCCUGGGACUGCUGCGGCGGGCAGCCCACACCCCCCUCCGCCCCACUGCCCUGGCCCUGCCCAGGCUGCGCCUCGAUACUGCCAUCGAUGUGGUGGCCCUGGUCCACGACAUGGACUUCGGGCUCUUCCUGGAUGCGGAGCUGUGUGGGCUGGCCUGGGGCCCAGGUGUGGCAGUGGACACGGCACGGCACCGGGCAGUGCUGACGCUGGACGAGGCAGGUGUGGAGGCAGCAGGGGCCAUGGCAACAUCGGUGGCCCGCUCAGCCCUGCUGCUGGAGGCCCUGCGCCCCUUCCUCUUCAUCCUCUGGCAUGACAAUGGCAGUGUCCCCAUCUUCAUGGGCCGCCUCAGCAACCCCCAGCCCUGACACCCCCCUGCCCAUGCCUCCCUCCCUUCCUCCUGCCACCCUUUCAUCCCUCUCUCCUUCUUCCUUUCCCUCC